AUUAUAGGUGCUGCUCAAGGUCUCGGACUGAGUAUGGCUGAGGGCGUCGCCGAAGCCGGUGGUACAGUCUACUGUCUCGAUCGCCAAAGAGAAUGCGGAUCCAACUUUUCGAACGCCCAGGAGUUGAUCCCUCGCGAUUCGCAAGGUGCUAUGAUCUAUGGUCAGGUUGACGUACAAGACACCAAAGCACUACACAGAACUAUCCAGGACAUCGCCGAUAAGCAUGGUCAACUCAAUGGCUGUAUAGCGGCUGCCGGUAUCAAUGAAGUCAUACCAGCUCUCGAAUACACCGUAUCACAGUCGAACCACACGAUGUCCAUAAAUUUCGACGGUGUCAUGCAGACGGCCACUGCGUGUGCAAAACAAAUAUACAAGCACAAUACCCCCAACGGAUCAAUCGUCCUUAUUGCAUCUAUGUCUGGCGUUGUUGCGAAUCGAGGACUGAACUGCCCAGUAUAUAAUGCAUCCAAGGCUGCUGUGACUCAGCUUGCAAGAAACCUCGCAAUGGAAUGGGGUCGAAAAGAGGAAGACGGAUCUGGUGGCAUUAGGGUAAACUGUAUCAGCCCUGGAAAUAUACUGACACCACGAGUGGUACAGCACUUCGUUGACCAGCCGCACCUCAGGUCGCAAUGGGAGGAUGGAAACAUGCUCGGGAGAGUGAGUCGGGCCGAGGAAUUCGGGGGGGCUGGGAUAUUCUUGUUGAGCAAGGCAAGCAGCUUCAUGACUGGCCACAAUAUGCUCAUCGAUGGUGGAUACACUUCAUGGUAA